AUGGUUGACUUGAAACAGCAGCUUGAUGUCAUUGACUAUUUUGGUGUCAUCGCCGUUUGGCUUCUGUUCUUUUCCGUCGUCUUCAUUAUCUCGAUCACUUGCAUCCUUUGGUGCUGCGUCUCGAAGAGUGACGAUCCGACCGUCUUUGCCAAGUAUGGUCUCGGACCACAGCCACGCGUUCCAGCUCAAAGAACCAAAUUGACCGUCGAGAAAGACUUCUAA